CAUGGUACUGAUGACUAUUGUGUUCAGGCUCAAGGAGAGGAAACUCCAGCCGCAACUCCAGCCAACCUACCACGACCCCGUCCUAUAUAAAGUUGGCUCCUCACGCGACAUCCAUGUUCAGAAAACUACUCAGGUAUUUCCGAAGACUCGUUCGCAUAUUCGGAAUGGCCCCGGAACCUCCCAAGAUCAGAAGUUUAUUCACUGAGUUAGAACGACCCUCCUUUGCCUUCUCUCCCAUCGAGGACUGGUACCGUGGUAUCCUUGAAUGUGAGGCCACCUUGGAUUGCUCCGUCACCGAAGUUGGGUGGUAUAAAAACCUGAGUGGAAAGGAAGAACAUGAAUUCCUGCAGUUUAACGUCCUCUCCCCCGACAGAAAGCACGUCGCUAUUGUCAUUGUUGAGAGGUGUCGUGGUGAGCCCAACUCGACAAAAGGAGCCGCACAACCUACCGAGGGCGUUGCUCCAUUAGAUACUUCGGCGGGGCCCGUCACGCCGCCAGCUGCUCCACCAGAGACUGCUGUGGUCGUUGGUACCCCACCAGACGUCUCUGGAGAUUCCACCGCGAGUAGUGCUGACGAAAGCAGCCCGCCUUUGCGCGAAGUUAACAAGGCCAACGGGAAGGGAAAACGGAAGGACAGGGAUUCAUCUGGACUUACCACUUCUUUUGCUUCCAGUUCCUCGUGGCGGUAUGCCAACGAUCUCGCCAGUUGGGCAACCCGGGAUAGUCAAGCCGGCGAACAGCUGCAGCGGAGGUGCGAGAAGGCUACUAGUAUCUCUGCGCUAGAGUUUCGUGAAAAUCAUCAACCUUCUGCACAUGAGCUAGCGACUUUGGUUCAUCUGACUUCGAAACACGAGCCCAACUACAACGUCCGUAAAACACAAUGUUACUGGUUCGCCGAAACUGUGUUUAAGGCUGUCGAUGCAAUAUUUGAGGGUGCCGAGCGAGCUCCCAAGAACAAUCGAGCGGGUACAUGGGCUCGGGUGCCAGUCUCUAGGAAGGAGAGCGUAGAUGCUGUGUGUGCCCAGUAUUAUACAACUCGGGUUGCUUUACUCGAGGAACUUGUACAGCAAAAAAGACUUAAACAAGAGCAAGAGGAACAGAGGCAGCGAGAACGUGAACAACGCCAGGCUGCGGAGGAAGCCGCGAAAAGGGCGGAGGAGGAAAGGCGUGCAGCCGAAGAAAGGGCACAGGCAGCCGAGGAGGAAAGGCGCGCAGCCGAGGAAAGGGCGCGGGCAGCGGAGGAAGCAAAUGCGAAGUUGCUCCAAGAACUGGAGGCGUUGAAGAAAGCGGUGGCAAGUACUCAACAGGCUUGAUGGACGGUGC